AUGGACAGUCCAGCAGUGAUUGAUCCCGCGCAUGCGGAGGUCACCCAAGCUCCACUGGAGGCGGAGAAUUCUAAGCGCGACGCCGCCAACGGUAGCCCUGCCGCAGAAGAGCCUCCCUCUAAGAAGCCUCGUGUGGAGGGGUCGCAAGGAUCUGACGAGCCUGAAAAUGACCGCAAUGAUCUUCGCAAGAGAGGCAUUGCGCCGAUCAAAGCUGAGUAUCUCCUCAAGUCGGACAACAAACCAGAGCCUACCGUGAACCCAGACGAUGCUGCUGAAGCUGCUUCCCAUCAAGAGCGUGAUGAGGAGAAGAAGAAGGGAAAGAAGAAGCCCAAGGGCCAAAACACCAAUCGAAGCUUUGGUAGCUCCAAGGAUGCCAAGGGCCUCUGUGCUUCCAGAAUGUUGAGCCCGGAGUUCUCACCACAAGAGUGUCAAUUUGGAGACAAAUGCCGUUUUGAACAUGAUUUGCGGCUGUACCUGAAAGAGCACAAACGUGAGGAUCUGACAACCUUUAAUGGCAUUUGUCCCGUGUAUGAGGCGCGUGGAACUUGUUACGCUGGUUGGCGAUGCCGUUUGGUUGGAUCACACUCAAAGGAAAGAGAAACGGAAGAUGGUCGGAAGGAGCUGAUCCUGCUGGAAGAUGAAGAGCGCAAGGCAAAGGCGAAGCCACUUGUGCCGUAUGCGACACCUGAGGGCCUCGUGAACAUCAUCUCCUAUGAAGAUAAAGUCGCAUUAUCGAGAAAGCGAGAGCACACUCCCCGUGCCAAUGAAUACAAUCAAUGGUUGAACAACGUGUCGCAGGAGCUGGAGAAACAGUUGCACGGACGGAUGCCCCAUGGCGCAAAGGGCCCGGCGAGCGAAGAGGUUUCUGCGACGAAUGGCGACGAGGCCACCGAAACCAAAGAUGCAAUCGAAGACAACCGCGCGCAAUUUACAGAGCCUCCCUUCUUGCCUUCUGAGAAGAGGCGUAUUUACUUUGGGCCCGAGACCCCAGCUUUGGCUCCCCUAACGACUCAGGGUAACCUCCCCUUCCGCCGACUGUGCGGAGACCUGGGCGCCCAAUUCACUUACUCUGAGAUGGCACUGAGCAUGCCCUUGAUUCAGGGAAACAAGUCAGAGUGGACACUCAUCAAGGGUCAUGAGUCUGAGAUGCUCCCGCCUACCAUCACACCUGGUCCAAACGUGGUGCAAGGUUACGAUAAUUCCAAAGAUUUCAAGUUCGGAGCCCAAAUCACUGCAAACAAGCCCUUCCAGGCCUUGAAGGCUACAGAAGUGCUUUCCAGAUAUACACCACACUUGCGUGUAAUCGACUUGAACUGUGGGUGUCCCAUUGAGCUUGUCUAUCGCGACGGAGCGGGCUCGGCACUCUUGGAUCAUCCUUCCAAACUCGAGAAGAUCCUUCGAGGGAUGAAUGCGGUCUCUCAGGAAAUUCCCAUCACGUGUAAGAUUCGGAUGGGCACUCGAGACAACCAGCCUAACGCCCUGAAGCUUGUUGAGCGGUUGGUUCUGGGAGGCUACGAAUCAAGCAUUCUCGACCUGGGGCCCCCUGGUGUCGCUGCAAUCACUCUUCAUGGGCGCAGCCGACAGCAACGUUAUACCAAGCAAGCUGAUUGGAGCUACAUCGCGGAUACCGCUGCCCUCAUCAAGCGUCUCAACGAAAAGACUGAUGACCUCACUGAUACCAUCCGUGAAGCCGAUCCCCGCUACAUGCCAAACGGAGGCAAGACCUACUUCCUCGGCAAUGGCGACUGCUACUCCCAUGUCGACUACGACGACCACAUUCACAAUGCGGGUGUCGACUCCGUCAUGGUGGCUCGUGGUGCUCUGAUCAAACCCUGGAUCUUUGAAGAGAUCCAAACCGGUCAGUAUCUGGACAAGUCCGCCUCGGAGCGACUUGCCUACAUUGAGAAAUUCGCAAAGUACGGUCUCGAGGCCUGGGGCUCCGAUGAGUUUGGUGUCGGCACCACCCGAAGAUUCCUUCUGGAGUGGCUAAGCUUCGCUUAUCGCUAUGUACCUCUUGGCCUGCUGGAGUACCUGCCGCCACAUAUUAACGACCGGCCUCCUGCCUGGCGUGGCCGCAACGACUUGGAGACUCUCAUGGGCAGUGGAAACUACAAGGAUUGGAUCAAGAUCACUGAGAUGUUCCUUGGGCCGGCUCACAAGGACUUCAAAUUUGAGCCCAAGCACAAGUCAAAUGCUUAUGAGGCUGAGGGCUAA